GACUGUAGACUUUCAGUUUCGACCAUGACCGACUCGGUUCUGAGCGCGCACGCGAACGCGUCGGCGGCGGUCUUCCUGACUCCCCCGACGGCGCCCCCGACCUCCGCGACGGCGCCGCGCGCCCUGCGCCUGGACUCCCGCUCGCUGGUGAUCUCGGCCACCAUGUUCGCCGUGGGGGUGCUCGGGAACCUGGUGGCCGUGGCGGUGCUGUGCGUCUCCAAGAGGGAGCAGAAGGAGACGACGUUUUACACGCUGGUCUGCGGCAUGGCGGUGACGGACCUCCUGGGCACGUGCUUCACCAGCCCCGUGGUGAUCGCCACCUACGUGGCGGGUCGGUGGCCCGGCGGCGCGCCGCUCUGCCACUUCUUCUCCUUCUCCAUGCUGUUCUUCGGCUCGGCCGGGAUGUCCAUCCUGUGCGCCAUGGCCGUGGAGCGCUACCUCGCCAUCAGCCACGCCUUCUUCUACUCGCAGCACGUGGACCGCACCGUGGGGAGGCUCGCCCUGCUCGGGGUCUACGUGGUGAACGGGGUGCUGUGCGCGAUGCCCAGCUUCGGCUUCGGCCGGCACGCCAAGCACUUCCCGGGGACCUGGUGCUUCCUGGACUGGCGCGCGCUGGACACGCGCGGCGCCGCCUACUCCUUCCUGUACGGCGGCUUCGUGCUGCUGCUGAUCGCCAUCACGGUGCUGUGUAACUGCGCGGUGUGCCGCUCGCUGGUCGGGAUGAACAAGAAGACGCGCGUCGUGGCGGCGGCGGCGACCCGGGCGGAGGCGCACACGGGACACCCGGCAUCCAGGCGCGCCUUCAGCAAACUGCCCGCCGUCGCCUCGGCCGCAGAGAUCCAGAUGUUCUGGCUUCUAAUUUUCAUGACCAUCGUAUUCCUGGUCUGUUCCAUCCCUCUGGUGGUUCGUAUCUUUGUCAAUCAGCUCUACGGCCCGGCAUACAUCGCGGCAGGCCUGCAGCCAGAUUACCGCAGCGAUCUUCUCGCCAUCCGUUUCGCAUCCUUUAACCCAAUCCUGGACCCCUGGGUUUACAUCCUGUGCAGGAAAAACCUGUUUAGCAAAUGCUGCGAGUGGAUCAAGCGCACCAUGGACCUGAGCAGGGAGAGUCCGGCACGUAAAUCCGGCUGGGUGCUCGGGCAAAACUCACCGCCGUCGCUCAUGCACAGCAACGCUACCAGUUACGCCUCGCUGCGUGGAACCUCGCGCAGAAACACCGGGAUUAAACUAAGCACCAUAAACGCCAAAUCGUACGUGGACUUGAGCGUACGGCAGGCCUGGGACCUGGACACGGCCGCGGACGACUUUCAUCCGUUCAGCGUUCAGCAGAGCCUGGUUCUGGGCUCCGAAAGCGAAUCAGCGUCUGCAUGCGAAAUGAUGACCGUAAAGACAUCCGGUCGUGUCCAGGCCACUGCGAUGUCCUGCUCAAAAGUGUGUGAACACAAAGCUGUGAUCGUCACGUGCACCUUCAGCACGCCGAGUUCCUGUGUGUCUGAGGAGUGCUAAAAAACAUUACAUACUCUGAUCCAAUUAAGAGCACAAAGACAUGCGCUUUUAUUAAAGGAUUUUGCCGUUUACGCCACCAAAACAUCUCCAUGCUGGUUAUUCAUCCAACUUUUAACAGACAAAACCGGUGAGAUGGUUUCCUCUGAGCAGUUGUUCCUCUGUGCACGUUCAUACCAUCUGAAGAAAUUGUCAGUUCUGUCACCCAUGGCCUCUCUAAUGUGCUAGCAAUGUUGUUCAUAUUAGCAUGGCUAGUUGAGAAGGCUCUAUGUGCAUCUAAAUCCUUGGAGUUUUGAAAAAAAAAACAUUUAAGAUGAGAUGAUGGUGCUUGCAAACCGUGAUUUCUGAAGGACACGGAGAUUUGUAAGAUGAUGCACGUACGGUAUGACGACACUGCUGCCGUUUUGUUUGAACAAACAAAUCACAUGACCAGAAGACCUUCGUUUCCAGUGUGAAGUUGCACAAUUGCGAUUUUUCAAAACUUUAUGCCAAAAAUUUGUGGCGUGGUAAACCGUAAGUAACAAACAGCUAUAACAAUCCGGUUUACGUUUCCAUUUAACACACAUCCUGGGUUUAAGUAAAUCAGUUAUUUUUCUGAAAGUCAUGACUACAUUAACAGAACGUGAACGAUACGUUAACAACCACAGCGCUCAUCACGUGCACACUGGACACAGACUUACGACAGGACAUCAGACGCCUUCUAUGUCACUGUGAUCUGAUUCAUUUGCAUACAGUAAAAUAAAUAAGAUGAAACUGUGAUUUGACACAGUAGCUCUAGGAAACGUGGCUUCAAUAUGGAUUUUAUUUCUUGCUUGACCAAAGAGCAAUCCAAAAAUAUGAAAUGUUCAUGCUUAAGGGUGUGAAAUUAAAUGCAAAAUGAAGUACAUGCAUGAUUCUUUUCUAAAAAGCACUCAGGCUCUUGAUUUAUUAAUAUUUGUUGAUUGACACACACAGAACACUUCUCUCCUCUG